AUUUGAGAUUGGCAUGCAUGAUUUCUAAACAUCAUUACAUGCAAAGGUUUUGGAGCAGAUACUGGGGGUUCUUAUUAAGUUUGUCAAGGAUCUGAAGCUGCAACAUCAGCAUCAAUAUGAUGAGUUAAGGAAAACUUGGCUAUGUAAGAGGUGUCAGACAAUGAAUGCCAAACUUAGUGUCCUUGAACAUCUUCUCUUGCGUGACACUUACACCAAGGACUCUGUUCCAGCCCUCCGUAAGAUAAGGAAUUAUCUAAUAGAAGCGACAGAAGAAGCAUCCAUUGCUUACAACAAAGCAGUCACCCGUCUACGCGAGUAUCAAGGUGUUGAUCCCCAUUUUGAUACAAUUGCUAGACAAUAUCAUGACAUUGUAAAGAAACUGGAAGGCAUGCAAUGGACGAUUCAUCAAGUUGAAAUGGACUUAAAGCGCUCACUUGAUCACUCAUCCUCUUAAUCUUUCUACACUCCUAGCAAGAUUCCAGUAAACCUUAUUUCUUUGGACUUCAUCAACCAAGGUAAUUGCUACCACAAAUUCUAACCAAAGGGAGAGACCUCAGAAGACUGGUGAUGUUGAGGGGAAUUGUGAAGAAUCUAAUGCUGGAGCUUGUAACAGUUUGCACUGUUCAUCUGUUCACCUUAUCCUAUUAGCGGAUUUACUACCGGUAACCUACAGCAGCAGCUUAGCAUCAUUGAGGUAGACUGUUGAUCCAUGUUUAUAAGAGGCUUGCUGAAAUCUGCCUCACAAACUAAGAGACAUGCCUGAGUUGUCAUUUUUUCCUCCUGGUGUGUUGUGGAAAGGUGUUGAUUAGUUUGUUACUGUUGUGUAUUCUGUGAUUUAUCUGUUUGUGACUCAGGAGAUGUUAAAUCAUUAAGGUUGUUACUGUUGCAUGAAUCUUAUUUGUAUACUUAAUUAA